AUGAGUAGUAGUACUAUUCCUGAUGAUGUGGAUGGGAAUUUGAAUAUUGAGGGGGGAAAUGUAUGGGAGGAUAAACUCGGUUUGGAGAGUUCUCCGUCAGGAUUGGAAGCGAAAUGUAUACCAGUAUCUAUUACUUCAUCACUUGAGACUCCAGCUUUAGUUGAUGAAAAUUCCUCUCAAGAUAUCGAUCCCAUCGUCACACUUUUCGAUAACGCUAUUAUGUCGACCAGUGGAGAAGUCACAGCUCUGAUUUAUUUCCCUGAACCCAUUUCCAAGCUUGCAAAAGCCAAAAAUCCUGCAACUGCAAAAAAAACAUAUUCGUACUCGCAAAUCAUUACUUUCUGGUCUUUUUCCCCCAGCACUCCGUGA